AUGUUAACCGACGGUGAGAUUGGUCUUCUGUUCCGUUACAUCUCGUCAACGGUACAUCCGAAGCUGGAUUUGCCGUUCUCGCAAGUUGAGCGUCGCUGCUUGGGACGUUCGAAACAGGUUGUGAAACGCUAUUUGACGUUAUCGAAGAAUCCAUGCAAGAAAACGCGAAGCAGCAUCUGGUGGGUUAUAUUAAUUCUUUGUGUUUUGCAUUUCUUCCACUCGUUUUUUUUAAAUGCGUUCGUUGAGAGCAGUUACGAAGUUAUGAAACUUCUUGGAUAG